AUGCCGACCGCUACAGUCGCCGAAGGGUCUGCCUCCAAUGGCACGACUCAGAAGCAUUAUGAAAGAACGCACUCGCAACCUGAGAACCCGUUUGCUGCUCUGAUUCCCGAUCAGCAACUGGCUAUCAUCCCAGAGUUUACGCUCGAGUCCGGAGUAACCCUCCACAAUAUCCCCGUCGCUUAUACCACUCGGGGUAAGCUGAACGCAGAUGGAACCAAUGCCAUGGUGAUUUGCCAUGCGCUUACUGGAAGCGCCGAUGUGAGCGACUGGUGGGGCCCUCUGCUUGGGGGUCCUGGUCGGGCGUUUGAUACAUCGAGGUUCUUCAUCGUUUGCAUGAACAGUUUGGGCAGCCCCUAUGGUACUGCCAGCCCUGUGACUGCUAAGGACGGCGACCAAAGCAAGGGCCGAUACGGACCUGAGUUCCCUCUCACAACUAUCCGAGAUGAUGUCAACCUCCACAAACUCCUUCUCGACGACCUAGGCGUCAAGCAGAUCGCUGCCGUGAUUGGCGGGUCUCUUGGUGGCAUGUUCGUGCUCGAGUGGGCUUACUUUGGCAAGGACUACAUCCGAUGCAUCGUCCCUAUUGCUACCUCAAGCCGACACAGCGCUUGGGGUAUUAGCUGGGGUGAGGCUCAGCGACAGAGCAUCUACGCGGACCCCAAGUACGACGACGGAUACUACCCGUUCGAGGACCCCCCUUCCACGGGUCUGGGUGCCGCGCGCAUGUCUGCUCUGCUCACUUACAGAAGCCGUAACUCGUUCGAGAGCAGGUUCGGACGCAACAUCCCCGACCCCUCCAAGGUUCAGACUAUCGGUGGACGACCGCGUCCCUCGACCCCUUCAGAGGCGCACUUCCACAUCCACAACGACGGCCAUGUUGUCAAGCGCAGCUCGCUGUCUCGUCACAACAGCACUAGUGAUGCUCCUGCUUUGGCUACCGAGUCGCCCGCCAACGCCGCAGACCCCCAGUUCCACGGUCCCAGCAAGGACAGCCUCACGGGAGGUGAGCUGCCACAGUCGACCUAUUUCUCGGCUCAGUCGUAUCUGCGGUACCAGGGCAGCAAGUUUGUGAAGCGGUUCGACAGCAACUGUUACAUUGCCAUGACCCGCAAGCUGGACACACACGACGUUUCGCGCAACCGGGCAGACACUAUUGCCGAUGCACUGGCCUUGAUCCAGCAACCCACCCUCGUUCUGGGAAUCGAGAGCGAUGGCCUCUUCACCUUUGCUGAGCAGGAAGAGAUUGCGCAGCACGUUCCCAACGCGCGCCUGGAGCGUAUCGACAGUCCUGAGGGCCACGAUGCGUUCCUGCUGCAGUUUGAGCAGGUCAACAACUAUGUGCUCGGCUUCCUCAAGGAGGUGCUGCCUGAUAUCAUGAACAAGGACGGCGGUGCGCCCGAGGAGGCUUCAGUAGGACAACUGACCAAGUCGAGCACCUUCGGCGAGGCAGAGGUGGAGGACAUCACCGCUUGGUGA